AUGGCGAUAUCCCAUCCAGAAUUCAAUGAAAAAGCCACAGCGACGGAAGUUGCUAGCGCUUUUGCCGGUCAGAUUCCAGGAAAAAAUGUGAUUAUCACUGGCGUUGGGCCGAACAGCUUAGGUGAAGCCCUUGCGCUGUCGAUAGCUAGUCAAAAGCCAGCGAACUUGUUUCUGGCUUCUCGAACAGAGACCAAAGUCCAGGAAGUUGCCGACAAAGUGCAGGCACUGGCUCCAGAAACAGCUGUGGAGACUGUGUUACUCAAUCUUGCAUCUCAAGAGUCCAUUCAUGCUGCAGCAUCCAAGAUCCAAGGGCUGGUUGACCACAUUGAUAUCCUAAUCAAUAAUGCUGGAAUGAUGGUUCUAGACCGCGAGACGACUGAAGAGGGGAUCGAGAUACAGUUCGGAACAAACCAUAUCGGCCAUUUUCUGUUCACUAACUUGCUCAUGGCCCAAAUGAAGAAUGCGGCCAAAGUCUCGGAGCCUGGGUCGACUCGGAUAAUCAAUGUUACUAGUGCCGGUCACCGAUUGUCGCCCAUCCGGUUCCAUGACUAUAACUUCGAGGGUAAGGAUGUCCCUCUAGAUGAGAGGCCUCCUGAUGGGCUACCACCUAUGUUCAGUCCCACCGCGAGCGGAUACAACGGAUGGUUGGCAUAUGGACAGUCCAAGACUGCCAAUAUCCUGUUCACGGUAUACCUAACCCAGCAUCUUGCGUCCGCAGGUAUUGUGUCAUACAGUGUUCACCCUGGCUCCAUCUGGACCGGUCUGAGCCGAAGUCUGGACGACAGUGGUAAUGAGACCAUGUCGAAAACUAGCAAUUUCUGGAAGACAGCGGAUCAAGGCGCGGCUACUAUGCUCGUGGCGGCUUUCGAUCCAGGGCUGAAAGUUGUCUCUGAUCCAUCGGCCGUUUACCUCAGCGAUUGCCAGUUUGCUACCGCAGUACCCCAUGCCGUUAGCCUGGAAAUCGCCGAGAAGUUGUUCCGAUUAAGUGAGGAGUUGGUGGGGAUGCGGUUUCCGCUGUGA